CGGGGAAAGAAUAAAUGGAGCAAGCGUUAAAGAUAUGGGUCGGUUUUAUCCGGCCCGUGUUAGAAACGUGUCAUCCCCUGACUUUCUACACCCACUAGGCCACAACGACCAAUCCCAUUACUCUCUUGCACCACCACCGGUCCUCCUCCGCCGCCGCCACUUCUGCAAUCAGCCCUUCAUAAAUUGACAUCUCCUUCACCUCACCCUCCUCCUCCUCCUCCAUACAACCCACAAGCACAAAUGGCCGGCCGCUCCUCCCCAGCACAGGAUUCCGAUCGGUACGGUCAAUCCUCUCCCGAAACCCUAUCCUCGCCCCACAAAAAGAGCCCUCCCCUCCCUUGGACCCCCCAAGAGACGGUCAACCUCAUCCAAUCUUACAGAGAGAAGUGGUACUCUCUCAAUCGCGGCCAGCUCAAGGCCAGCCAGUGGGAAGAGGUCGCUAUAGCCGUUGCGGCCCGCUGUGGAUUCGAUGAGCUUUCCAAAUCCUCCACCCAGUGCCGCCACAAGAUCGAGAAGCUCCGGAAGCGCUACAAAUCCGAGCGGGUCAAGCCCUACCCGAAUUCCUGGCAGUUUUUCGAGCUCAUGGAUCAAAUGGAACGAGGACCUUUGCCAAUCGCUGCUCUCCCCGUAGCCAUGGUAAAGUAUCCCGACUCGAAUUACGAUCACAAUGUGUACGAUGAGGAGGAUGAUGGGUAUGCAGGUUUUGAUUUCAAGCCAAAUAAGUCGAAGAGCAUAAACAACCUUGUGAAUUACCCGAACAGAACUGGUACUCAUGAUCCCAGGGGUUAUGAUGAAGAGGAGGAGGAAGAGGAGUUGGAUGAACAUGGGACAGAGGAGGAAGAUGGAGACAGUAAAUUGGCAGAGGAAAUUAGGGGUUUUGCAGAGGGGUUUAUGAGAAUUGAGAAGAAGAAGAUUGAGAUGAUGAAGGAGGCUGGGAGGCACAGAAUGGAGAUGGAAAAGAGGAGGAUGGAUAUGAUUCUUGAGACGCACAGGAAGAUUGCUAAUUCUUUCAGUAGGAUCUUUAUUCCAAAUAAAAGAGUCAAAACAGAGAUAUAGAAUGUUAUUGUUCUACUUACAUCCACAUUUAUGCAAUCCAUUUUUUUCUUGCAUUUGCCUUUGCACUGCUAUUAGGCUGAUGAUGAUUCUGGGGUACAAAAAGAUAGGAACCAAUGUCUUCAUGUGUUUCAAAAUCAGAGGAGCUUAUGAUGUCAUUCUAUCGCGAAUGCCAUCAUACAAGUCAUCUUGGGUCUUGUCUUUGACUCCAAGACCUCGGGUCAUGACUUCGUUUAUAGAUGUAAUUUGCAUUUAUGAAUGAUGGAAACUGUAUCCUUACGGGCUCUAGUUUGUAAUUUGCAAUAACUUAAGAAUGUUAUUUUAUGUUUUAAAGGAUUGUGGCAAUGGUAGACAUUUAGCAUACUUCGAUUCCUCUAACUUAUGGGAGGCCUUGAACUCGAACUCUCCUCUGUUGGUCUGGUCGUGAUAGUUGACCCUAGCAAUGCCAGGAGGGGCUAUGUUGGACACGGGCAUGUUCACUGUGAAAGACUUAUGAUGAUGAUGAUGAUGAUGGGAACUCGGUAAUUUUGAUUAUGGGUUUGGUAAGAGUAAGCUGUGUGGAAAGCUGUUCACAUGGAUUCAAGCAUACUUUGUAAAGAAGGUGAGUUAUCAUCUUAGACUUUAUUCUUCUCAUGAAUUCAAGCAUGCUUUGUUUGAGGGAAACCCUUUUGCGGAUUGCCCAGCAAACUUGGCUUAUGACACUUUGAGUUGGCUCCUGGCUUGUCAUCCAGAAGAGCGUCAGCACCUCAAUACCUCAUGUGGGAAGCCUAUGGCGGCCUUAUAAGCUAUACGGAGUAACACAUUAGAUUCAACUAUUAGGUAGUUUUUUUAAUCUUCAGCUGUACGAUAAAAGCAAAGUAAGCAUGCUACUUGUUUACAAGUUGAGUAAUUCCGUUGUAUCAAUAAAAUUUAUUUACGUAGUAUGAGUUAAAUACUUAAAUGUUGCCUUAUUUCAACAUGUUCAGUUAGAUACCAUACUACUACGUAUGAUACUACCACCGUUAAAUAAUAAUAAAAUCAAUCAUCUGUUUGUCCUAUG